AACCAAACGGAGCUUAUUUUAAAUUUCAUUAUUCAAUUUAUAUCUUUCCUUGGCAUUUUAUUGGUUAAAUUGCUUGGUUUAGGUCUAUUUUGUUUUAAUUUUACGAUAAGGAGUUGUUUCAUGCAGAUCAUUUGAUGCGAAUAGACCGAAACAGGCAAUCACAGGCCAGCAUGAAAAAAAAAUGUAUGGUCGACCGUAAUCAUAAUGAGAGAGUUCUGACUGUUAAGCAGAAUAUACAUUAUCAAAGUUGGUUGACUACAUCGGAACUCAGGCUCAAACAUUCAGCAAGGAAUCAGGGACUGCUGUAAACUUUAGGGUGGGACUACUUGACAAAAUGGCAGACGUGAAGGAGACAAACUUUCUUAAGCUGAUUUGGCUCUUGAUGAAAUAUGGUGCUAAAGUUUUACAACACAGGAUUGAAUAUGAACUGAGAAAUCAAAAAUGGCAGAAAUUGUGUGAUUUUCUUGAGGAAAGAAAACAUGAAAUUUUUCAUCUGACAGAUUUAAAGAAAUGUUGCCAAUGUCCCGAAUUCACAGACAAUAAAGGAAAACCACCUUUACCCAAAGACGUUUUAAGACAACUGUUCCGAAAUGUGGAUGACUGCUGCGUGGCGAGAUUUAGAGGUCGCUGUUGCUGCAAGCUUUUACCUAAUACAGAUUUGAAUGUUAAUGUGAAUAAAUUGGACAUAACCCUCACAAGUUGUUUGCUGAAAAAUUUUCUUAUAAAGGAUUCAGGACAGAAACAAGUUAUUGAAAACAUCAGAAAUUUGAGGAAUGAUAAAGAACUAUUGCACAGAGGGAAUGCUGAGGUGGACAAUGACAGCUUUGAGAGGAUUUGGCUGCAGUUAUCUAAUGCUAUAAAAGAAGUAGCUGAGAAGUGUGAGUCGUAUUUCUACUCACAGAUCAAGGAUGAAGUGGAGAGUCUGAAAACAAGACCACUCUCCAAGGAAGACACCAUCUCAUCGAUAAAUGCAUGGAAAGAGCUACAGGAAGGGUUUGGCAGCCCAGUUGAUGGACAAAAGAUUUCUGACCUCUAUCAGAGAAUGACUCAAGUUUGCAGUGAUGUAGCAGCAAUAACAACUCAACUUCAGGAAGUGAGAAUUCCAAAGAAUAACCCUGAGUUGGAAAACUUGCUUUGUAAGUUAUUUCUG